AUAAGUGUGGGGGCGUUGUAAUGUUUUAGCCCCAAAUGCCCAAUCCAAAACUUGACACUGAACUGAACUCUCAUAUUCUGUUUCCUUUCUGCACCUUCCCACAACACUCUUCAUCCUCUUAGUUCUCUCACAAAAACUAAACCAACACUAAUGAUUUCUCUGCUACCCUGUAACACUUUUCUUCAAACAACCUUUGUCUUCAACCCUUCAAAGCUUCCAAGCACUACCCAAACCCAUGCAUGCUUUAUUCCACAAACCAAAACACUGCACAGAAGAACACAAGUGAAAUGCAGCGCAGGAGAAAACCAGGGUGAGAAGCGUGCGUUUUUGUCACUGGAAGAAGCUGGUUUGGUCGAGUUAUCAGGCUUGAGUACACAUGAACGUUUUCUAUGCCGUUUAACGAUAUCAUCCCUGAACUUGCUAAGAGUGAUAUCAGAGCAAGAAGGGUGUCCAAUCGAGGAGCUCAAUGCCGCCAAGGUUUGUGAUUGGUUCCUCAAAGAUAAGCUCAAAAGAGAACAGAACAUAGGCUCUGCGGUUCUUCAAUGGGAUGAUUCCGAGUUCCAAUUUUAAUUAUUUAAUACUCUUUCCCUUCUUAAGUCACGACUUUGAUUGGAUUAUGCAAAUCGAGAAAAGGGUGCGAAUGUUUUUUAGAUAUUCAAUUCUGAUAUUCUCAUGGUAAAAUGAUUCGGAAUAUGUUUUUGCAUGUCGCUCAAAUAUGUUCUUCUGUUUUUUCUCCUCUUCAUAGUUAUUAGAUUACAAUUUCAACCAGUGCUAUUUUUGAAGGAGUUUCCUAGUUGACAUCGUUGGCUUCCAAAAUCUAAUGAUUCGUAUUUCUUUGACAUGACUUUAAUGAACCUGAUUCAUUAUUCUGUAGGGAUAUCUUAAUUGGAAAAUGCUAUGAAGACAUAGCACACUUCCAGAUUGUGUUGAACAAAGAAAGACCAAGAUCAUAACACUUCAAAUUGGACUCAAAAUAGCAUUAGAAACAUAGCUUGUAUGUGCAUGUUUCUAGUUUUCUGGUGUUUUCGUAUGAUUAAUGACAAUACUACUACACAUUUAACUGUGUGUGCAUGUGUUUAAUGACAAUUUUAAUUUAAGAAUUAGGUGUACGGGCAUGUUUUGUUAAGAAUCCAAAUGAGUCGGAAGGCUCUUAUUAGCUAAAAAUAGUAAGAUGAAUAAUCUAUAAGCAGAAAAAUCAAUAAAUCUAUUAUUUUAAAAAUUUUGAAUCGAAUCUUAUUCUGUGUUUGAUUACUUAGUGUAUUCAUGAGCCUAUAUGUUUCUAGUUAUUUGGUAUCUUGGUUCAAUGAAAUGUUCUAUCAGAUGUAACUGUAUGUGCAUGUUUAUAGAUUUUAGUCUUGUUGAUAUGUUCAAUAACAAUGCUUUUAGUUUAUUAGUGUUGAGAGAUAGAUGAGAAGGGUAAGAUUUUAUUCUAUUCAUCAAGCGGAUUCUGUUACAUUAGUAUUUCUUUGUUUCAUAAUACAUUUUGUUGUUCUUUCCUACGUGUUUUGUGUUCUUUCUAAGUUAUGUUUUGUUUUGCUGGGAUGUUGGUUUAACCACUUUUCUUGAUAUAUCUUUCUUUCAUCUCCUUGGUGUAUCUCCUUCUGAUUCUUCUUUUAUCUUCUAUUAUAAAUGAAUGAAAAAUGGAGUUGGUUAAA